AUUUCUUUGGUCUUUUUACUCUUCUUUCUUAGGCGGUCUCUGGCAGAUACUUUGCCCAUUUUGCCUUCUUUCUUCUUUGCUGCUUCUUCUUCUUUUAGUUUCUGACAGAGUAGGAGCCUCUUCUUGUCACCGACAUUUACCCUUUUCUUUAAACAAACUGAUUCAGAAGGAGGUUGUUAAUUGGGUAGUAGCCUCAGGCUUCAGCUUUUUUUUAGACUAAAAAAAUAAAUUUCUUAAACUAUGCAUCGAUUCUCCAGUAUAUUUCACGGGUCCGGACUGGCUACACAUUUUUCAGAGACGCUGAUAUGGCGGCACCCUCCGAAAAAGGGACUGGCAACUACUACAAUACUACUACUCUUUCUACUUGUCCUCAUUGUUGCUGCUUUCAUUUCUUCCUUGUGGGUUGACACUUCUAGAUUUUCGGUUGAUAAUUCAAUAAAUAACACCGUGAUUAUCUUCCAAAAGCGCCAAAAACCGCCUAAAGAAAUUAUAAUCCCACUCAAUUGCUCUACUCAAAACCAGACACAAACUUGUCCAACGAAUUACCCCACAACUUUCCAAACACAAGAUCCUGACCCAUCAUCAAAAGCAUCAUGCCCGGAUUAUUUUCGGUGGAUUCAUGAAGACCUAAGGCCAUGGAAAGUUACAGGAAUCACUAGGGACAUGGUGGAAAGAGCUAAUAAAACAGCUCAUUUUCGCCUUAUUAUUGUGAACAACAAGGCAUACAUCGAGAGGUACAAAAAAUCAAUACAGACGAGAGAUGUAUUCACCAUAUGGGGCAUCUUGCAACUUCUAAGAAAGUAUCCUGGAAGGUUACCGGACUUGGAGCUUAUGUUUGACUGUGAUGACCGGCCGGUCAUCUUUUCACGCUACUACCGGGGACAAAACAUGACGGCUCCACCACCGCUGUUUCGGUACUGUGGUGAUAGGUGGACGAUGGAUAUUGUGUUCCCUGAUUGGUCCUUCUGGGGAUGGCCAGAGAUAAAUAUAAGACCAUGGGAUAGUAUAUUAAGGGAGAUGAAAGAAGGCAACAACGUCAAGAGCAAAUGGAUAGAAAGAGAACCAUAUGCCUAUUGGAAAGGAAACCCUUUCGUAGCUGAAACUAGAAAAGACCUUCUUACAUGUAAUGUCUCCGAUAAACAGGACUGGAAUGCUCGACUCUAUGUCCAGGAUUGGAUCCUUGAGUCCCAGCAAGGCUUCAAGCAAUCAAACCUAGCAAGGCAAUGCACACAUAGGUACAAGAUCUACAUUGAAGGAUGGGCUUGGUCCGUUAGUGAGAAAUACAUUCUAGCUUGUGACUCUAUGACAUUACUUGUAAAACCCCAUUAUUAUGAUUUCUUCUUGAGAGAUCUACAACCUGUGGAACACUACUGGCCAAUAAGGGAAGACCAGAAGUGCAAAUCCAUCAAGUUUGCUGUAGACUGGGGUAAUAACCACAAACAAAAGGCACAAGAAAUUGGGAAAGCGGCCAGCAACUUCAUUCAAGAAAAAGUGAAAAUGGAUGAUGUGUACGAUUACAUGUUUCAUUUGCUAAAUGAGUAUGCUAAGCUUUUGAAGUUCAAGGCAAUGGUACCUGAAGGAGCUGUGGAAAUAUGCUCAGAGAUUAUGGCUUGCAUGGCAAAUGGAUUGGAGAAGAAGUUCAUGGUGGAAUCUAUGGUGAAGGGUCCUUCUAUUACAAGCCCCUGCACCAUGCCACCUCCCUAUGAACCCAAAGUUCUCGGGGCAUUUUAUAGAAGAAAGGUUAAUGCAAUAAGGCGAGUGGAGAAUUGGGAGAAUACAUAUUGGGAUAGUUUCAAUAAGCAAUAAUUAAUAUUAUAGAUGUUGUAUAUAUGUUAAUAUAACAGUUAAUU